AUGCAGAAUCAUGAGGAAUCUGAGGCGCGCCUAAAGGUCGAACAGGGAGCAAGUUAUUUGAACAACUCAUCACCCACCUCGGCGCCGUCUCCAUUAGCUACUGUCGUUGCAACUCACCCUGCUCUCAAGCCCAUACGCCCUUCACCCCAAGCGCAUGGAUACGGCAGUUCUAAUUUAGAGACGCAACAAUCGCAUAUUCACCCGCAACUUAGAACUUCCUCUGGAGGUGUCCCGGCAUCUGAUAUGAUGCAGAGAGGAGUCUCACCUCCGUCUGACGAAGGCGCACCCGUUUCCGCGUCUCCUGUGGCCAACAUGGCUGCCCAAGGUCUCUUAGGACACGAACCUGACGAUUCCGUAACGGACGGGCGAAAGGCGAAGCGGGAAUUAUCGCAAUCGAAAAGAGCCGCCCAGAAUAGAGCUGCUCAGCGCGCUUUUAGACAAAGAAAGGAGCAUUACAUCAAGAAGCUCGAGCAGCAGGUGCGCGAUUAUGGUGAGAUGGAGCACAGCUUCAAGGCCAUCCAGAACGAUAAUUAUGCUCUCCGCGAGUACGUAAUCCAAUUACAGUCCCGCCUCUUAGACUUGCAGGUCGAGUUACCACAGCCACCCCCCAACGUAAAUAUUGCCCCCCCUGCUGCGGCCUCGACUAGCGCUCGUGGUGCGCACGCGACCACGGCUCCUGAAGCCGGUCCUAAUAAUGCCAACAACGCCGGGACGCUAGCGGACGUUGCGGCGGCAGUGGCUGGUUUGAGAGCUAGAGAGCCUUCCGCCGAUGGGCUGUAUACGAAACCUUACAAGGCAGAAUCCAACGAGGACUCGCAAACAGCCGAGGAAAUCCGCAGGCAGCUCCAGCAGGAGGGAGGACCGGCUCCCUCGUCCUUGCGAGCCUAG